UGUUGCAGAAUUCGUGCCAAGUAAACUCCAUGAAAGAUCAUGCCACGAGAAGAGUCUAGCAUGGUGCACUUCUCCUGAGAAUGCAAUGAUAUAUGCUCCUGAAUCUCCACUUUACAUUGUCGAAGACACUGAGAUGCAACCAAACAACCUACAAUUAAGCAGAUCACAAGGCGCACUGAACAGUCUGUCAAAUUCAGUAUUCGAUCUGCACAAUGCAGACUCAUACGCCGUGUCCAAAUAUUAUAACAAGGAUGAUAUUUCUCCACAAUGCACACCCAGGCAUGACCUCAGGUGCUUCAGCAACUUCUCAACCAAAUUCAUCAAGAGAAGUGCUCUAUCUGACCUGGUGUCUCGAGGAAGCAUGAGUAGGAAAUUCAAGGCUUUCUCAAACAGUGAUGACUGGAGCGAUGCUAUCUCGCGCCACGGAAACAACAGUCAGGUUGAUUUUUUUGAAAGAUUCGAGAAGGCGGUAUCAAAACUAUUGGUUUCAGAAGGGCUGGAAAGUUGCCUGGAUGCCAGCUCAGAAGUCACAACUAUAUGGCAGCUGCUGAGCCAUACAUCUGAAGUGAGGCACAAACCGUCAGUAAGGCAAGACAUCCUUGAACAACUGUUUGAUAGCAUUUCAACAGACAAAAAGGACAAGGUUAUCAGAGCAUCAGUCUAUGUUCUAGUGCUUAUGAUAUCUGAAGAUAGGAAUGUAAUGAGAGACAUCAAGAGGAAAAACUUCUAUUUAUCCAAUUUAGCCACUGUGUUGAAGAGAGAUGUGCAUGAAGCGGUCAUUCUGAUAUAUUUGUUGGAUCCUUCACCUUCAGAGAUCAAAAACUUGGAGUUGUUACCUUCACUUCUACAUAUGGCCUGUAACACCGCCACCCAAAAAUGGCCUACACUGCUUCCACUAACGCCAACAUCCGCGUCGAUAGCUCUCAUUGAGAUCUUAGUGACAGCAUUCGACUAUGUAACGAAUAAUGUUCACUUGGCCACAAUCAGCUCUCCUCCUAUUCUCUCUAAGCUUGUUGAUGUUGCAAACAACAACAACUUGGAAGAAGGCGUGGCCCUGGCAGCUAUUCUCGUCAGGUGUGUGCGACUUAGCGGAAACCGCAAGAAGUUUCUAUCGCAGGCUACUCCAGUGAAACCUUUCCUUCACCUUCUCAGAAGGAAAGAGCAGCACGUCAAGUUUGCUCCACUUGAAUACUUCCAUGAGAUUCUUCAGAUUCCUCGUAGGACGACGACGGGAGGACGAGGACGUCAACGGUGAUUACAACCAGGAGGAUGAACCCACCCAUUGCCACGCGGAUGCUCUUUGGACUACGAUAUGGACAUGAAGGCAUUUGUUUUAGUGCCAAAUAUUACCUAUGUAUGUAUGGAUGCUAUGGAA